AUGGUCGUUGCGGGCGGAGCCGCGGACACACGGCUGGCUGGGGCAGCAUACAAAUACCAGCCAAAAGCCCAAAAGCAGCGCACCCACAGCUCCACAAGCCUCUUUUGCCUCUUCCAUCACCAGUUCACCACAAAAACAAGCGCUCGAUUAAUUCGUUCUUCCACUCCUGCCGCGUCCUGCUCCACCUCCACCACUUAUCGGCACCUCAGCGCAGCGCAUCUCUCGCUCGUCGUCCUCGUCAACGAUCUCACAGCUUCCAUGGCCGCCAAACCUGCAGAGACGACACCUGGGAGCAACUCCUCCUCGUCGUCCAUGGCGGACGUGUACAAAGGCGAGCUGACGCCGUUGCAGAGGCACGUCGCCUUUUUCGACAGGAACAAGGACGGCAUCAUCUAUCCCUCCGAGACAUACCAAGGGUUCCGCGCCAUCGGGGCCGGCGUCCCCUUGUCUGCCUUCAGCUCCGUCUUCAUCAACGGCCUCCUUGGACCCAAGACCGUACCGGAGAACGAGAAAGCACCAGCUUUCAAGCUCCCCAUCUACGUGAAGAACAUCCAAAAGGGAAAGCACGGAAGUGAUUCGGGCGUGUACGAUGCCAAUGGAAGGUUCGUUCCUGAAAAAUUUGAGGAGAUCUUCAAAAAGCAUGCCCACACCAGGCCUGAUGCCCUGACCGGCAAAGAGCUGAAGGAGCUGCUCAAAGCAAACAGGGAGCCUAAUGACUUCAAAGGAUGGCUUGGUGGUUUCACAGAGUGGAAGGUGCUCUACUCCCUCUGCAAAGAUGAGAAAGGGUUUCUUCACAAGGACACUGUCAGGGCUGUCUACGAUGGCAGCUUGUUUGAAAAGUUGGAACACGAGAGGAAGUCUAAGAAGGAGUCUACUAAGAAGAAAUGA